ACCGCGGCCAGCAGCCUGCUCCGCCCCGCCCCGGACCGCCCUGCCUCCGUGGUCGACUUCCUUCCGGGGCAGCGUACGCCACUCCCCCGGUUAGCUACCCACUGGGCUACCUCUGGAUCCACCGCCGGGCUCAGCCCUCGCUGCUGCGUGGGGUCCAGCUUGGGUUUCUGUCCCCAGACUUGCGGUUAAGUGCCCUACGCCCCGCCCCUGUCUGUGGCCGCCUCCACCUCGGGCCCAUCCCCGAGGUGUCCGGACGAUCUUUUUUCCGUACUUUACGAAAGAGUGGAAGAUACAGUGGCAGACCCGGCCGUCCUUCCCCUGGGCUCACCGGUGGUCUGAUGGAGAGGGAGCCCAGAAUGAGAUGAACAGAUCGGUAGAAUUCUAGCUACAGAGGAACAGGCAUGGUUUGCAACUGGACCCUGACCCAGACCAGGAAGGCAGCCUGCAUCAUGUUGUUACUAACUGUUCUUCAUUUACCCAUUGAUGCCUCCCCGAAAGAGACGCAGACAGUGCCAGAAAGCCCAGCUGCUAUUCCACCAACAGCCACUGGAGGGCCCCAAACCCCAUUAUGAAUCUCACCAGCAGCCCAUUACCCACACUGUACAGGUGCCCAGCAAACCCAUUGAUCAGAGCACCAUCACUUCCUGGGUGUUACCUCAGUUUGAUACAGCAGCAGAAAGCCGGUUUCCAACACACCGGAAACAUCACCGAGACCAAGCAAGACACCCAACUCGGAGAUCUACCUGCAAGUUUCCACGUCUAACCUUUGAGAGUCCACAGUCUUCGAGUUCAGAGACAUUGUUGCUAUCCAACAGAGAGCAGCUCCAGAACUCAGAAAAGGAUGCUCCCAGAAGGCCUUUAGUGCCAUUGUUCAGUCCCCAGAGCUGUGGGGAGCUGUCAGUGCACGUACCUCAAAGCUUACCUCAUGUGUUCAUGCCCCCCGAUAUCCAGACCCCAGGGUCUUCGGUAAGAGAAGAUCCCAUUUCCCCAGACCAGAAGGAAAACAGUCUUCCUAGCUGCAUCCUUGGUCCUAGGACCCCCAGGACCCCGGAGCCGGGGCCUGUUCUGGUCAAGGACACCCCUGAGGAGAAGUAUGGGAUUAAGGUCACGUGGAGACGCAGAAGGCACCUGUUUGCCUACCUUAAGGAGAGAGGGAAGCUGGAUAAAAGCCAGUUCCUUGUGAAGACCUGACUGGACUACACAGACUUCGGUUCACCCCAGAGCUGCUGCGGGGAGGUUUCCCAAGUCCCUUCUGGUUUGAGAGGAUGCAAUGGGACUAGGAAGAUGACUUAGCCAGAGGCCUAGAGUUGGAAUUCAGUUUCUAGAUUUCCUUUUUAAGCCACCUCACCUCAGAAACAGUUGAAUUCAGUAUCAUGAACUGUUGGUAUUUUUCUCAUAUUAACUGUCUAAACCUCUGAAGUAUCUUGUACUGUUUACAGUGCUUGUAAAUAAAUGGCUGUCCUGAGUUUUUAGAGAACCCCACCUUUGUCAGCAAUGUGGCAGCACGCCCAUCUAUAAAAGGUCUAUCUAUGCUCA